CCGAUUCCAAUGAGGUCAGUGUCUGUGUUUUUGUGGGGGGAUUGUAGGAAAGAGAAGAGCGCUUAAUACUAAAUAACAUCAUCAUAAAAUAUCAAAGAUUUAGUUGUAAGAGUCACAGGGAAAAACAGAAGCAAGCAUGUCUGAUACGGAGACCAAGCCUUCAAGUCAGGAUUCGGGAGAUAAGAAGGAUGGAGAAUACAUCAAACUCAAAGUCAUUGGCCAGGACAACAGCGAAAUCCACUUCAAAGUGAAGAUGACGACGCAUUUAAAGAAGUUAAAGGAAUCCUACUGCCAGAGACAGGGCGUUCCUAUGAAUUCUCUUAGGUUUCUCUUUGAAGGGCAGAGAAUUGCAGACAACCAAACUCCAAAAGAGCUGGGAAUGGAAGACGAGGACGUCAUCGAAGUUUAUCAGGAACAGACUGGAGGACUUUGGAACAAUUAGACUUUCUAUCUUUUGCUUCUUUUUUAAUUUUUUUUUUUUUGGGUGUGUUCUUGUUAGGAAAUGGCCGAUACCAUGAAACCUAGAUGAUAUUCACCAGGGCUCCCAGUAGCUAUGACAUGAGGGGAGGGAAGAUGGACAGUGCAUUAUCUCUCUGUCUGCCUCCUCCAGCUCGCCCAUCUGCAGGCAGUGCAGUAACCUGGGAGAAAGUGAAGUUCUACCAAGCAUCUGUUAGCUUGUUCAAGGGAGGUGGAAUGUUUUUUUCUUAUAAGGCACAGCUUUUGAUUGCUACAAGUUCAGCGGUGCUUGCGAAAACUUCACGUAAUUGGCUUGCCUCUGAGCAUGUUAUUCUUAAAUACGGCUUAUAGCGGAGCUUCGGGUUGGAUUUGUGCAGUUUCAGUCUGUAAUGGGAUUUAUAACCAUGCCCCCCUUAUCCGAUUGUGAGAAGCACCUCGACUGGUCAUCAUUUCUGAAGGAAUUCUGCAUACUUCCAGCUUCAGACAGACCUUGUGCGCGAAGCUGCAAUUGAAUCGGUAGCAAAUGAGCAGUGACAAAAAUCAGGAGAGACUUGAAGUAGCUUCGAUUAACACACCAUUAGCUGUUCCGAAAGUUCUUAGUCUGUAUGUCUCCCCUUAUUAAACACCUGCGAUUAGUUCAUACAGGUUCGUUUCCGCUAUCUCGUUUGAUAAAAUAUAGCCCAUUCAAUGCAAAUGCAAAGUAAGGCCCAUGAGAUCAUUUUCGUUCCUUCUGCAUCCGAUAACUUGGAAAAGCGAUUGUCGAAAAGAUUUUCUUGUAUGUGUCUGUUGUUGUGCGGUUAGCACCUCCACUACUUCAAUGAAAGUGUUUUGCUCUUGCUUACUGUGUUCACUCAUAUAUGUUUAAUUAAAGGAGACUUCAAACACCAUGUGUGCUUCAGACUGCAGCUGGAUUAAAUACAGUGUGCCGACCUUCAACAGGUAGAGCAAUCACCAGCUCUACCAAAACAGCUCUAUACGAUAUAUAAAUUGGAUUAUGCAUAGUGCGUCACCCAUGUCUCCGUUCAGAUUUUAAAGCAGGUUUGCAGUACCCUUAUUUGUGGAUGUUGGAAAUAUGAAAAACUUUGUUUAACCUUUGCUGUGGAAGCAGUGCUAGUACUUGAUAUGGUAUCCAUAAUAUUUAUGUGAACAAUCUGCCACUGUUGUCUCUAUUACAUAAGCAAAGGCAUGUAUUUCUUGUGAAUGUCCUGCUUUGUUAUUGAAUAGCUACACACCUCUCUGGUUAACGUCCUGCAGAGUUCCGUUUUAAUGGGAUGCUUUUUACAACCUGGGGAAAUGAUCCAACUCUGUUCAUACAUGAGAAAAAAAACGAGAAGAAGUUAUUUUUGCUAGAACGCCGUUAAUCAUGAAAUGAAAUGUACAGACGUAUUUCGAGCAUCUUUUACACAAUAUCAUUGCGGCUAUCUAAAAAGUGUAUUUUUAUGAAGGUUUUAGUAUAGGGCAGUUAAAAAACAAAUGUAAUUAUUAGACAUUACAGGAGUGAUCCUGAAAUUAAGCCUGUCUAGUUUAGUGCAGGUCAGUUCUCUCCUCCUGUUAUAAGCUGCCACGGUUGAACUUUUGGAAAAAACAAUGUUUUUUUUAAAUUAGGGUUGUUUUUGUGAAAUAAUCGCGCAUAGAGGACUGAAGCAGCACUAUCGAAAUUCAGACGAAUGACAUUUGCAAGUCCCCAAUCCAGUUAAAAUGCUCGAUGUGGACAGUUUCGGUUACGAUAUUGACUUCUUUUACUGUACACUGCAGGACAGCAUGGAGUACUCACCCAAUUAAUUAUCAGUGGCGUUAUGUCAUAUUUUAACUUGCACUUCCAUUACCGAGAAAUCUUUCAAGUCAAACCAGAAUCGUAAAUUCAGGUACCCAACACUACAGUUGUGUUAGUUAGGAUUAUGGCGAGUCCUGUGGGUUUUUGUUCCACUUGAGCUCAUGAUUUACUUAAC